CGCUUUUGACGCAGCUCACCGAGGUGCUGUGAGAAAACCGGAUAACGGGAACUGAGGAGAAGGAUAGGAGCGGAACGGAUCAGCCCGUCGGUGUCUUGUAUAACCCCGGCCUUCAGCGUCCUCCCUGCGGCUCUCUCCUCUUCCUUCAGCAGGUGUUUCUCCUCCUGUCUCCCCCCUUGGAGCUGGAGACGGAGCUGGACUCGGAGGUGCGUCGGCCGCUGGCGGAGGACCUGCACACGAGGAAACGGUUUGUCUCUCCGCCCUGAAACGGUCGGAGGACGGCAAGAGGUGGAGCAGCGUGCGCGAAGGGCUGCAGGAAUGGUCAGUCUCUGAGAAAAACAAGCUUAGAGUUUAAAAAGAGAGGACGAUCUAAAAAUGAAGAACACAUCCCAGAAGGACAACAGUGAUGCGGCAGCCAAGGUGGGCCCAGACUGAUGAUUUUAUGAUUUCCUCAUUCACCGCCAGGACCGGACUCUGAUCCUAUUUAUAAGGAGAAUAAACUGAUCCGGAGUCAGCGUGCUUGAUUUGGACUCGGAUAAACAGAAGAUUUAUUUCAUCUUUAAUUCCUCAUCCAAAUUUAGGCCGAUGACUUAAGAGUGUGUAUGCGCGCGCGUGUGUGACGCCAGUACAUCAGCAGAGGUGUGUGUCUGAGACGCGCCUGUCUGAGCAUCACUGAGAAUGACACACAAGCGGGUUUUCAUCUGUGCGUAAAAAAGGAGAAACAGAUCCGAGCCCAGAAGAAUUGGGGGAUGCCGCAGCAGCUGCCAUCUCUGGUCCUUUAGAGAAAACGAGGCGCGCAGCUCGGAACUGGACGUCCAGAAAUAUCUCUCGCCCCCCUUUAUUUCUCACCCUUCUCCCCCCCUUUCUUCCUCGUCAUCCACCACCAAACACAUCAACUGAUCUGUGAUUCAUUCAUCCAGCCAUCCACCCAUUACGCCGCUUUUACGCACACGCAAUCGACGCCAUCAUGGAGACGACCAAGCUUCCUCCGUCCAGCCCGUCCUCUCCGACCACCAGCUUCUCGGUGCCAUCCGCGGAAAAGGUGGACGGCUUCCCGCGGAGGUCGAUGCGUAGAGCGCGGCAGAGGAGGUCCCACAGCUCGUCUCAGUUCCGCUACCAGAGCUCCCAGGUGGAGCUGACCCCACUGCCCCUGCUCAAAGACGCCCCGGUGGCAGAGCUCCAUGACCUGUUCUGUAAGAAGCUGCAGCAGUGCUGCGUGCUGUUCGAUUUCCUGGACUGCGUGGCCGACCUGAAAGGGAAGGAGAUCAAACGUGCGGCGCUUAACGAGCUGGUGGAGAGCGUGGCCACUAGCAGAGGAGUCCUCAUAGAGCCGCUCUACCCUGAGGCGAUAAAGAUGAUCUCGGUAAAUAUCUUCCGCACACUUCCUCCCAGUGAAAACCCAGAGUUUGAUCCAGAGGAAGAUGAGCCGACGCUGGAAGCUUCGUGGCCUCAUCUGCAGUUGGUGUACGAGUUCUUUCUGCGGUUCCUGGAGAGUCCGGACUUCCAGCCGUCCAUGGCCAAACGCUACAUCGACCAGAAGUUUGUCCUGCAGCUCCUGGAGCUGUUUGACAGCGAGGACCCAAGGGAGAGGGAGUACCUGAAGACCAUCCUGCACCGUGUUUAUGGAAAGUUACUGGGUCUCCGAGCCUACAUCCGCAAACAGAUCAACAACAUCUUCCUCAGGUUCAUUUAUGAAACUGAGCACUUCAAUGGCGUGGCAGAGCUUCUGGAAAUCCUUGGCAGCAUCAUAAAUGGCUUCGCGCUGCCGCUGAAAGCCGAACACAAGCAGUUCCUGGUCCGAGUCCUCAUCCCUCUACACACAGCAAAGUCCCUCUCCAUCUUCCAUGCACAGCUGGCCUACUGUGUGGUGCAGUUUAUGGAGAAAGACGCUACGGUGACUGAAUACAUCAUCAGAGGGCUGCUCAAGUACUGGCCGAAGACCUGCACCCAGAAAGAGGUGAUGUUCCUGGGGGAGAUUGAGGAGAUUUUGGACGUGAUAGAACCAUCACAGUUCAUCCGGAUUCAGGAGCCUCUCUUCAAACAGAUAGCAGCCUGCAUCUCCAGCCCUCACUUCCAGGUAGCAGAACGAGCUCUGUACUUCUGGAACAACGAAUACAUCCUCAGCCUAAUAGAGGAGAACUGUCAAGUCAUCCUGCCGCUGGUGUUCGCUACCCUCUACAGAGUCUCCAAGGAGCACUGGAACCAGACCAUCGUGUCUCUGAUCUACAACGUGCUGAAGACCUUCAUGGAGAUGAACAGCAAACUGUUUGAUGACCUCACUGCCUCCUACAAAGUGGAGAAACAGAAGGAGAUGAAGCGGGAAAGGGAGCGUGCCGAGCUCUGGCGAGGCCUGGAAGAAUACCAGGAGCGCCGGGUGCAGAUGCUGACAGAGGCAGCCAGGAACCAGCGUAACCUCCAGGAGAGGGGCGAGAGAGGCGACCCCCUGAGCCCUUCGUCUCCGCACUCCGACCAGCCCGAGCCCAAACCCAGCGGGGCCAACUCUGGAGCUGGGGAGAGCGCCACCUAGGUGCUGCCCAUCCCCCCACCAACACAUAGAGAGGAUAACACAGGGGACAGGGUGGUGGGGACUUGAGGUUGAUGGUGUUGGGAGACAGAAGAAGGUAUAAAAUGCUCUUUUCCAUCUUGUGUCAUGGAGGUGGUGAUCUCUGUGAUGCAGGGCUGUUCCUUCUCUCUGACAGCUUUGUGUGAAACUGGUUCACUUUUAGCCAUGCACACAUCAUGUUGCAGAUCUUAGGAGACUUUGUUUAGUAGCUGGUUUAUUAAACUGCAGCCCAGAACUUCAAAUCAGUAGCUGGUGUAGUUUCAGUCAGCUGUGAGAAAACCAGAUGAAGUGUCUCUUUUGGUUUAACGCGUCUGACUCGUCUCAACGUUAGACCCACAGAGGCAUACCGUGACCUCGUGGUCAUCCUUUUUGGUCUGACAUGCUUAUUCCACAUGCGAGUAGCACAAAACACGAGCCAACAAACGAAGCAAUUUCACACAAAAGUCGCAGAGCUAUCAGACACAAAAACCACCAACGUACAUGCAGGUAUUUAACUGUAAAUAUCAGAGGACAGAGCUACAGAGAGUGUAUGCUGGUUGGACACAUCUGAUUCUAAACACACACACACACACACACACACACACACACACACACACACACACACACACACACAUUUACCGAAACAGCUGGUUGUGGCGCUAACUCCUCUCCCAAUCUGCUGGUUUCCACCAAAGGAUGACCUAAAGUCCCUUAAACUAUGGCUGAUGAUGAUGAUGAUGAUGAUGAUGAUAUAAAGUACAAUAAUGUUCCUUCUUCUUACUUGUUACUCUACUACUCUACUCUAAGUACUACUGAUGUUUUUAUAUAUAUACAUAUGUCUGGAUAUUUCUGUAGUGUAUUAUGGGAGAAACACUAGUGUAGCAGAAACCAUGAAGGGGGAGGCCGAACCCAGAUUCUCAUUCUCGGUACGAGGUUGUACUGUGAGGGCUGAAAUUCAGCAGGAAUCCCCUUUAACACUCCUUCUAGAGGGGACAAGAGAGCUGGCUGCAGCGGGGUUUCUUUUAAUUUGAAAGGUUUUCUUUUCUGUGGUGUGGUUCUGCAUUUAGCCUCUGAUUUUGUUUACAUUCAGUAUUGAACAUGAAGAAGCGUCGUGUUUCUGUUAGGGAUACAACGAUACCACUUUUUUCUAAACCAAUACGAUACCGAUACUUGGAUCUAAGUAUUCGCCGAUACCGAUUACCAAUACCGAUAGUUCUACCACACAAAAAAAUGCAAUGAUUUGAAUACAGAUUUUAUUUUCUUCUCUGCUUUCGACAGGAAAAGACUGUGAGGUAAAUAAAAAGUAAAAUAUAUGAAUGGAAAUCAUAACAAAACUAAAAUAUUAGGUGAACAGAAAUGACAAGUUACAGUGAAGCCAUUUUCAAGCAGCUGCAUUGGUAUCGGUUCCUGGUAUCGGUUAACUUUUACCGACACCGAUACUGGUAUUGGUAUCGUAUCAGUACCGAUAACGAUACCAAUACCAGUAUCGGUAUCGGUGCAUCCCUAGUUUCUGUUGGAGGUCAGUAAACUGGACAGAUCUUUGGAAUCCAUGUUUGUUUGGUACGGAGCCCACUGAGUGCCAGGGGAGAACGGAAAACGGAGCAGACUCUACAGUAUUUGCUGUAGGGGUGGAACUAAACAGGGAAACGGAAGUAAACACAACACCUGAGGCGAAUAAAAGGGUUACAGAUUUCAUCAAUAAGAGGAAAGAAGAAACUUUUUUUAAAGGGGCAUUAUGGAAGUUUGACAGCCAAAACAUGUAUAGAAAUAAUAAAUGUCUUCUUCAUACAUUCUCCUGCAAUGCCCUGGUCCUGUAGCAUGAGCCCUGGCAUUUUUACUGUGAUUGCCUGUUUUUCUGUAAAAUCACAGAAAAAGAGAGCUGCUCGGGUCGAGCAGGCUGCUUCAUGCGCGUUCACGCUCACACACACACACACACACACACACACACACACACACACACACACACACACACACACACACACACACACACACACACACACACACGGGACUGUCUCAGCUGUUAUUUUCGUUAAGGAGUGUGCACGUACAGCAUGCGCGCCUCGUUACGCUUUUGGCCUGAGGGGGCAAUCGCGAGCAUAAAAAUUCAAAAGUCCGAAAAGUCCCUUUAAUAUAAUGCCUUUCAAGAUAAAAUUCACGAGACGCUUCACAAGAAUAAAAUAUAAAAUAUGAUUUAAAGAUAUAAAUAGACGAUUAAAAAGUUAUUGUAAAAAGAAAAUCUUAAAUUAACAAAAUGAGAAGGAAGAAAGAAAAAGAAUUAGCUGAGAAAGACAGAAUCGGUGGAAACGGCAGCAUGAAGAGACGGUCGUAGCAACCGUGGUUUGUUAAAUCUGUAGUAAUGUUUGUUUUGACACCAAAAGAAGUGAUGAAACGUUUCAAAUUUGAACCAAAACCUUUUAAACCUGCAGAUUAAUUUAUUGGAGGUUUGUCAUUAGUCCGGUUUGUUCUUGGGGGUGGGGUGUAGCAUGUAGAAGGACGAGUUAGGGUUUGGGAGCAAUUUCACCGUUUUAUUUCUCCACCUGUCACCUGGUGGGCUCCAUAUAUUUGCUAGUUGGCAUCAUAGAAAGGUUUAAAGACGGAACAGGCAUCUCUAUCUUACUCCAUUGUUGAAAAGGUUUCCGUUUACAGGCGUGUCCGCCCGUCUCACCUGCACAGGGAUGGUGUUCAUUAUCAAACACCCGAUUAUAGCCAAACAUAUUAGAACAAAUAGUCCUUUAGCAGGGGUAACAGGGGUAGGGAUGAGUCGAUGUGUGGGAAAAGCUGGAUCUGAGGUGUAUUUAUGUUUUCUAAUAAGUAUGAUGUCGGAGGGGCGGGGCUUAAGACGUGUACAGGAACCAACCACAACACUUGUUUUGCUUUGGAUUUAACUUCCAGGGCCCGUUCUCUGGUUUAUGUCUUCUUCACUGCGUUUGUUGGUGAACCGGCUGGUAACCAUGGAAACCACAAAAGCAUACACAGGCUGGGAAACGCCCCGAUGAAUGAAUGAAUCACACCACAAGUGUUCCAAACUAAAAGAAAAACACCCUGUAGCCCAGUUCUGACCUCGCCGGUGAGUUCGGCCAGCCCAACGCUGCUAGAUGGUGAACGUGGAGAUAAAAACUUUUUCAUUGUGAACCAACCAAACCUGUUCAUUCUUGUCUGAUCAUGACGAUAGAGUGAUGGGAUCAAGAGACGCGGGGAAACAGAAAUCAUUAUUUUAGCAAUAUUUUCAUUCUUUCAGGAUGUGUUUUCGGGGAGUUGAACAGGAAACCUGCUCCUGUUCAACUCCUGUUUCGUCCUUCAUAUUCACAAUGUCUUAAGGUACCUUUCUUUGUAAAUUCAUUCGAUGAGAACUGAUUUUGAUUUGUAAUUAUGUUGUUUAUUUUUUUGGUUUUUGUACGAACUUGCUCGUUUUGUGAAAAACCAACGACGAUGCUAUUUAUUUUCUAUUUGAUCAGGAACCGUAACCAGGUUGUGGGUGUGAGCGCGCGUGUUGACGUGUUCACCGCUGAGUGAAUCGGUGAGUUGGAGAGUGACCGGGAACCAGAGAAAACCGCUUUUUUCUAAUCUCUCCCUCUUCUCCGUUUAGAAGGACAGGGUUUGAAUUCGAAUGUAUUGUAAAAUGUAAUGAUUGUUUGGUCGUUUAUACGUAACCACGCGGAGCUACCUGUCAGCUGCUUUGUCGCAAAUAUUCAGAGAGCCUCCAGUUUUCACGUCAGGUCUUGCCUGAAUCAACAAAGCUUAAAAAAACCUUUAUUUGAACUCGUAAGACUGAAAAUCCAACUUUUGUUUAGCGGUGUGUGAUUGUAAAUAGUCACUAGUUUUACAGAAAUUAACUUUCCACAAUUGUUAGAUCAAAACGUAAUCCUUUUUGUUAUUCCGCCUGAAGUAUCCAAUUACUCCACUAAGUAGCUAGAGCACCCAGAUUAUCAACACAUCAAAAUGCAAAGAAAACACUUUUAGUGUGGCUAAGAUGCUCCUCGGACAAGUUACCUCUAAGGUACGAUCCAGUUCACACAGGUUAGGGUUAGUUUAAUGGCAACAGGAUCGGGGACGGGCGAGUUACCCACUUGUGACCUGCCCACGUUGGUGUUUUUACAACUCCAGCUUGUACAAUCUCACCUUAGAAUGCUUGAAAUGUUCAUUUAAAUCUCCUGACCAUGAUUCAGGUGGCAGCGAGGAGAUGAAAACAUCUGAUUGUUAUUUUUGUGCUGUAUCAGCGCCUGUCAUGUGACUCGGGCUUCUCUUCUAAUUUAGAUUGUUACAUUUAAGGUUCUAGAAGAGAUAUUUAAUGUUUGGAAACCAAACAAUAAUUGGAGCAUAAUCUGCAAUCCAAACUCAGCCGUGUGGGUAAUUUCUAGGGUAUAAAUCAUUAGUUUGAUCAACUUGCAACAUUUUAUCUCUGACAUCUCAAAUUCAGUCAAGAUUUGAUUUAAAAUUUGAUUGAUAACCGUAUACAAGUGAUUGAACACAAUCAUUUCCCAGAGUAGACAAUUUCUUCACUGACUUUUCUAGUCACUGCUCGCCAUGACGCCGCUAGUUUGUAAUCCCGCUAGCUUCUAAUGGAGCUAGCUUCCAACAUUACUACCAUCUAACGCUGUAGCUUCUGACGCUGCUAGUUUCAAAUCCCGCUAGUUUCUAUUGCCACUAGCUUCUAAUGGAGCUAGCUUCCAACAUUACUACCAUCUAAAGCUGUAGCUUCUGACGCUGCUAGUUUCAAAUCCCGCUAGUUUCUAUUGCCACUAGCUUCUAAUGGAGCUAGCUUCCAACAUUACUACCAUCUAAAGCUGUAGCUUCUGACGCCGCUAGUUUCAAAUCCCGCUAGUUUCUAAUGGAGCUAGCGUCUAACGUUACUACCAUCUAACGCUGUAGCUUCUAAUGUAGCUAAUUUCUAAUGGAGCUAACUUCUAACGUUACUACCAUCUAACGCUAUAGCUUCUGACGCCGCUAGUUUCAAAUCCCGCUAGUUUCUAUCGCCACUAGUUUCUAAUGGAGCUAGCGUCUAACGUUACUGCCAUCUAACGCUGUAGCUUCUAAUGCUGCUAGCUUUUUCAUUUAACACUUUUGGUGAUGUGCAGGACCAGGUGGAAAACGGAAUAUUAGUGGAACUUCAAAAUAAAGCAAUUUUCAAAAUAAAAUUGUAUUUGGUAAAUAGUUAUUAUUUCGAUUUUUGCAUUUUGGAUCGAUGACAUAUAAUUGAUGUAGCUCAAUGAAUUCUUACAUUGCUCGUAAUCUCAGGCUGUUAUUUCCUGUUUCAUGUAUGAAAAUUUUAAAUCCACAAAGUCACAAAACAUGUUUAACAACAAGACUCUUCAAAUCCUCUAACUCCCAAUGAGUUCCUAAUCAAAAACAUUCAAAAUAAUAACUUUCAGUUACUAAUAAGCUUUAUAACAACUCCUAGAAACAGGAACCCUAGCCCUGAUGAGACUGAAUCUGCCCGAUCUUGUUGCCAUAACACCUUAAUGUUAAUCCAAACGUAUUCAAGAGCAAGUUCAGUUGUUAUUAACAGCAUCGGCAUCAUAUAACAUCUAUCCGGAUUUCCAGGGAUUAAACCUACAACAUUUACCGAAGGACAUUUCUUAAAAACUUUGUCAUGAUUCAGGCAAACAUCGCUCGCAAAUACCUCCAAAAAGGGCCAAAAAUAUACAAAGUCACUGACACGGAACCUUUUCCCCGGUUUGUUAUAAGUUGUGGUCGCUCAGUUCUAAAUAAUCUGUGAUUGCUAACAUCAGCAGAUUGCUGAACUGAGAAAAACCCCGCCGUUCUUUGUUAUUUUUAAACAGAUAGAAAAUAUGACAACAUUCCCUCUCCCUAAUCAAGAGAGAUGGACGCUGGUAUCACCUGAGGCCACCUUUCCUCUUUGGCCAUGUUCAUUGGGACAAAUAAAUAAAAACAUGCUUUAAAUCUGAAGGUGGACGUGAUGAAUGAAAACAGGCAGUAAAAUGAGGAGGGGAAAACAGUUCGACGUGAAGGCACGGCAAUAAGUCAGAGCUACAGGACGAGAAUCUAAUGUUAAUAAAGCUACAACUGCAUUACGUAGGAAUUUCACAGGAUUUCUAGAUUUGCACUGUCUGCCCAAUGAUCUGUGUUUGUUUAUGUUGGAGGAAAAAAACCAUAGAGAAGGUGAGAAAGAGGAGGAAGAAGAUGUAUAUUUUGGGGACCAACACACCAGAGGGGAGGGGGGAUUUGAAUGUAGAGAAGCUUACUACUGUAUGUUACAUAACAGGGAUGUAGAAUGGAGGAAAAAAAUCUAUGUGCUAAAAAAAUGAAUCUUCACUUUGAGAAAACA